UUCAUUUAUAGAAAAACAUAUUUUAGUCGGAGCCAAAAAUAAUAGAGAAGCUUCUGCUGGUGCUGCUCUCCUCCUCUAAGAAUAAGGACGGAAACCCUAACCCUAACUCCUGACUCCGCUUCACAAUUCUUCAUAUUCAACGCAAAUUAAAGGUCACUUUAUUCAUCUGCCCUAACUUGUUAUUACUACAAAAGUCUCAAUUACGACCGAGCGUGGGUUUCACGCUCCGGAGCCGGAUUUUGGAUUAUCGUAUCAGGUAUGGCAUCUACGGAUCCAUCAUCGGCUUCUGCUGGGCCGCGCUAUGCGCCCGAGGACCCAACUCUUCCAAAACCUUGGAUGGGAUUGAUUGAUGGAAGUACUGGCUUCUUAUACUAUUGGAACCCUGAAACUAAUGUCACACAGUAUGAAAAACCAGCUUCUGUUCCUCCACCAUUGCCACUUGGCCCACCUCCUGCUGUUUCUACACCUAAGUUGGCUCAGAUUCCAACUGUGCAUUCCUCACAACUUAAUGGUUUGGCACCUCAAACCAUGCCGAAAUCUACACUUCAGCAGCAGGGUCAACAAACUAGUCAAUUACCUCUGCAGGCUCAAGCUACCCAGCAGCAGGGGCAUGAAAACAGCCAGUUGUCUCAACAGCAUGGGCAACUAAUGCCACUGAAACAGGGGCUCCCUGUGACACAAGUUAAUCAACCGGUAGUACAACAACCAGGUUCUCAUUUGACACACGGCAUACAACAGUCUGGGCAGCCAAGGUCACAAAUGAUGCAGCAACCAGUUCAACAGAUGUUUCCACAUAUGGGACAGCAGGUGUCUCAGCACGGAGGUCAGCAGUUUGCGCAGCAGCCAAUGCAGCAGAUGCCUCAGCAGAGUGGACAGCACAUGCUUCAGCAUCAGAGCUUACAAAUGCCACAACAAGGACAGCAAUAUACAUAUCAGCAUUAUAUGACGUAUCAGCAAAGCAUGCUUCCACAGGACCAACAAAGCUCGCAGCAGCAGUUUCCUAAUCAGAGUGAUCAUAAGACAGCAUUUGCAAAAAGGGGGGAAAUUGACAUUUCUCAGGGAAAACAAACAAAUUUUUCGCCAUCUCAUUUUCAACAGGCUGGUGCACCAUCCUCUCUAAAUCUACCUGCGGCGGGCAAUCCUGUUUCAAUGGCCCAAGGAGGUGCACAUAGCGGUCAACCUCAGCAGUUCAACGGUUCUUCUGUCAAUAUGCAGCCUGCAACUUUGGCCCAGAAGCAGCAAAGUGGGACUGAUUUAGUUCAUCAGCAGCAUGGUCCUAGGUUUCAUAAUCAUCUUGGUCCAUUAAUGCUGCAGAAUCAUCCAUCAAAUGUGCCUAACACACAUGGUGGUGGGACUAGCAGCGAUUAUUAUGUCAGUGCUAAAACCGAAAGGCCACCCAUUAUGGGUCCUAUACAGUCUAACAUUCCAGCCCUUCCGAUGAGUAGAAACCAGCAGGAGUCGAGGAUGGAUGUGCCAUAUCAAAAUGCCUCACCAGGUUAUGCUGGUGGAUUUAAUUCAACUGGGCACACCAUGCAUAACAUGUAUAAUCAUGCCAGUGGUCAUACUCCAUUUCCAAACAAUGCUAUCGUGAGGCCUCCCUCUGUUGGAGUGACAGAUGUUACAAACCUUUCACCUACAGAAGCCUACUGCCAAACGCAUGAAGUCACUGCUACGGGUGGCAAUGUUCCAGCUCCAUAUAUCACUUUUGAAGCUACGGGUUUCCCUCAUGAGAUAUUAUAUGAUAUACGUAAAGCUGGGUUCUCAGCUCCAACUCCGAUCCAGGCUCAAACAUGGCCAAUUGCAUUACAGAAUCGGGACAUAGUGGCAAUUGCCAAGACUGGUUCUGGUAAAACACUGGGGUACUUGAUCCCUGCCUUCAUUCUUCUUAGACAACGCUGUAAUAAUUCUCAGAAUGGCCCUACUGUUUUGGUUUUGGCUCCUACAAGAGAGCUGGCCACACAAAUACAAGACGAGGUGAUAAAAUUUGGACAAUCAUCAAAGGUCUCUUGCACGUGCUUGUAUGGUGGAACUCCCAAGGCCAAUCAGCUAAGAGACCUUGAUCGAGGUGCUGAUAUUGUUGUGGCGACUCCUGGCCGACUCAAUGAUAUACUUGAGAUGAAAAAGAUUGACUUCAGGCAAAUUUCACUACUUGUGCUUGACGAAGCUGAUCGAAUGCUUGAUAUGGGUUUUGAGCCUCAGAUACGCAAAAUUGUGAAUGAGAUACCUCCUCGGAGACAGACACUUAUGUACACUGCAACCUGGCCAAAAGAAGUGAGGAAAAUAGCAAGUGAUCUUCUUGUGAAUCCUGUCCAGGUGAAUAUUGGCAAUGUGGAUGAACUUUCUGCUAACAAGUCCAUCACUCAGUAUGUAGAAGUAGUUCCCCAAAUGGAGAAGGAAUGUCGCUUGGAGCAGAUUCUUAGAGCACAAGAGACAGGUUCAAAGGUUAUUGUUUUUUGUUCCACCAAGAGGUUGUGUGACCAGCUUGCCCGUAGUAUUGGGCGCCAGUUUGGGGCAGCUGCAAUCCAUGGAGACAAGUCCCAAGUUGAAAGAGAUUCAGUUUUAAAUCAGUUCAAGAGUGGGAAAUCACCAAUUUUAGUUGCCACCGAUGUUGCUGCCCGAGGUCUUGAUAUCAAAGAUAUUCGAGUUGUGAUAAACUAUGAUUUCCCUACUGGGGUUGAGGAUUAUGUUCAUCGAAUUGGUAGAACAGGGAGGGCCGGUGCAACUGGUAUAUCUUACACCUUUUUUUCAGAACAGGACUGGAAGUAUGCACCUGAUUUGAUUAAAGUGUUGGAGGGAGCUAACCAACAGGUGCCUCCAGAGAUACGAGAGAUGGCACUGCGUGGCGGACCUGCUCUGGGCAAGGAUCGAGGUGGGAUGAACCGUUUUGAUUCAGGCGGUGGGCGUUGGGAAUCUGGAAGCCGUGGUGGAAUGAGGGAUGGUGGCUUUGGGGGCCGUGGUGGGAUGAGAGAUGGUGGUUUUGGCGGUCGUGGCGGGAUGAGAGAUGGCAACUUUGGUGGACGUGGCGGGAUGAGGGAUGGCAACUUUGGUGGACGCGGUGGGAUGAGAGAUGGGAAUUUUGGAGGACGUGGUGGAAUAAGGGAUGGAGGUUUUGGUGGGCACAGUGGGAUGAGGGAUGGGCACUUUGGUGGACGACGAGGAGGGAGAAAUGACUUGUUUUCUGGUCGUGGAAACAGAGGACGUGGGUUUGGUAAUUAUGAUAGUUGGGGGAGGAGUGAGCGUGGCCCACGUGGACGUGGAAGAGGUAGAUUUGAUGACAGAAGAGAAAUGGGAAAUAGAAGUAAUAGCCGUAGUCCUGAUAGAGUUAGAACAUGGGGUUAUAGCCGAAGUCGUAGCAGAAGUAGGAGUUGGAGCAAGAGUCGCAGUCGCAGUAGGAGCUGGUCUCGAGGUCGCAGCCGCAGCUAUAGCCGUAGUCCACGUCGUAGCCGCAGCUACAGUCGCAGUCCACGUCGUAGUCGCAGCCGAAGCAGAAGCUAUGAGAGACCACGGAAAUCACGGUUUGAUGAGAAGGAAGUUUCAGUUGCAGUAAGCCAGGCUCCUGAAUCAGGUGCACAUGAUAAUGCACCUUCCCUGGCGGUUGAGAGUUGUGUGCUUCCAGAGGAGGCAUCGGCUAUUGAAGCAGUACCUGAAACUUGAGUCGUCAAACAUUUUUGUUGGGAGUUUUUGCGUUGGCAAGAGAAUUGAAUCAACCAUAUCAUGUAUGAACGCCGCUACAGUAGCAGUGUAGUCGAGCCUUUCAUUAUUUGUUUUUGACUGAUCGACCCACACACAAGUUGGAUUAUCUUCUUGCUUGGAGUUGGGGAAGUCAUAACGAGAAGAAUGACUUGUGGUUACAUUUUCCUCACUUUCAUAUCUAGUUUUUCUUCAAUUCAUCUUA